AUGGCAACUAAACAGUCCGGCAAGGUCUAUCAAGCUCCAACUGCCACAAGCAUCGAAAUCGAGGGUAGUGUUUUGUUGUCUGUUCUCAGACACACUUCUGAAAACUACCCAUCUUUGUAUUCUGGCUCCCUUUUGGGUUUUGAAGAUGACAACGGAUCGAUUGAUAUCACACAUGCUUACCCUUUCCCUUACCCAGAUCAAUACGAGGGUGGAUCUUUGCGUUCCAGAAGCGGUAGCAAGUACCAACAAGAAAUCUUGGAGACUUUGAAGACUUUGGGUCAGGGUGUAGAAUUUCAAGGAUGGUUUCAAUCUACCAUUUCAGGCAACUUUGUCACUUCCCUGUUAAUUGAAGCAUUGGCUCAGCAACAGUUGGCUAAUAAAAAUACUUUCAUUUUGAUCCACAACAUGGCUUCCAUCGGCAAAGUUGAUUUGAAAGCAAUCAGAUUGUCCGAGAACUUUCUCACCACUUACUUGGAAGGUAAAUGGAAGACAAAAGAUUUGGAAGCCCAUAAGUUGUCAUUUUUCAAUAUCUUUGAGGAAAUUGGCAUCACCAUUCACAACCAGCACUUGGUGAACUUGUACUUGGCAAGCGCUGAACCAGAAGUUACUGCAAACGAGUUUGACAACUUGAACUUCUCAUCCAACUCGAACAUCACCACCCAGUUGUUGGAGAACUUAUACAGCCAAAUCGAUUCUUUCAACUUUGAUCAAACCAACUUUAACUACUACCAGAGACAAUUACAAAAGGAGCACACCAAGAUCCUCCAGUGGAAACAAAACAGAAAGUUGGAGAACGCAGAAAGAGCUAAGAUUGGGGAGUCUGAAUUGGACCCAGAAGAAUGGCAGUCAAUCUUCAAGUUGCCAGCUGGUCCUUCUAGAUUCAACAAUACUUUGUACUCUAGAUCUAUUGACGAAUUUGCUGAUGACAUAUUGAAGAAGUGCGAUGAGGAGUUGGUAAAGAGUUUCGCCAUCGAAAGAAAGUUGACUGCGAGCAACUAA